CCUUCCAUCCACACUGUGUUCUCUCUCUGUGUGACGCUAGUGAGGAAACACUGUGGUUAUUUCAGCCAGUCAUUUAGAGGCAGCAGCCUGUCUCUCUCUUUCAAUCACUCCCUCGCUCACUCUCACACUCACCAGCAUGCAUUCCUACUCGGCUCCUCACUCCCCCUCGCAUUGUAUGCCUGUCCUUUCCUUCCAGAAGAGAGGGAUCAUGCUUCGUCCUUUUCCCUCCUCCUUCUCCUCCUCCUCUUCUUCACUUCCUCACUAUCAUUCUGGGGUCUUUGUAUUAAACGGAGCACUUUCACCACGUUUUCCUUCUGAGCAGAGCAUUGGAAGCUGUCCCUCUCUUCUCAGCAUGGUGGACUUUUAGAAGCGGGAUUUCCUGGGCUAGGACGCUUGCACAUCAGCUCUCUACACUACCAAAGGUCCUGGUGGGAUGCAAGUCUUAGUGGGACUCCUGCUUUCUUCACAGGACAGCUCACUUCUCCUUGAAGUUUAAGGACAAUCCAGGAAUCUCUUCAUUUUUUUUGUCUGUGUGUGAGAGAGCGAGAGUGUGUGUGUUGGUCUGUUAAGAUUUGGUUAUGAGUGUGUAAGAUAGUCUGUGUGUGAGCGAGUCUGUGUGUGGCUGUGUGUGUUGCUCUGUAUGCAGUGCAGUCCGCUCCCGCUCCUGGUUUUUGACUGGAGGGUUUAGCCGACGCUGGAGGGUGAAGGAGACCGCUCCACUGCAGUGGACCCGCUGUCCCCUACUCCCGGAGAACCUCCCCAGUGGCACAGACUAGUAUGAGAAGCGGAGGGAAGAGAAAGAGAAGGGCUGAGAGCCAGGUAUAACAAACAGAGAGAAAGAGGUAGAAUGAGAGGGGACUUCUCGACAAAACAGUGAAGUGUAUGACCACUAAAGGAGACAAAAACCACUUCAGGAGAAACAAAGACACUACAGACACAUACAACCCAGUGAAGACUGGAGCAAGGCUGGCAAGCAGCCCCAGCAGCCCACCACCACCACCGACAGUACAGCCACCACCAUGCAGGUGUCGUUUGCAUGUUCGGACCAGGACGGAGGAAGAGGAGGGCUGAGGCCCCCGGGGAAUGGAGGGCACAGCAAGCAGAAUGCCACCAGUGCCAACACGGCCAGCCAGGCGCGGGCACGUUUCCGCACGGUGGCCCUUAUCGCCCGCAGCCUGGGCUCCUUUACCAACCGCUACCACCACAACCUCAAGGAGUCCACCGCCAAGCUCACUGGCAUGAAGUACCGGAACCUGGGGAAAUCAGGCCUGCGUGUUUCCUGUUUGGGCCUCGGUACUUGGGUAACGUUUGGAGGUCAGAUUUCAGAUGAGGUGGCUGAGCAGCUGAUGACCAUCGCCUACGAGAACGGGGUCAAUCUCUUCGACACAGCCGAAGUUUACGCUGGGGGGAAAGCUGAGAUAAUCCUGGGGAACAUCAUCAAGAAGAAGUGCUGGAGGAGGUCGAGUCUGGUGAUCACCACCAAGCUCUACUGGGGAGGAAAAGCGGAAACAGAGAGAGGACUCAACAGAAAGCACAUAAUUGAAGGUCUGAGGAGCUCUCUACAGAGGAUGCAGCUGGAGUAUGUGGAUGUGGUGUUUGCCAACCGGCCCGACAGCAACACCCCCAUGGAGGAGAUUGUGAGGGCGAUGACCCAUGUGAUCAACCAGGGUAUGUCCAUGUACUGGGGGACAUCACGAUGGUCUGCCAUGGAGAUCAUGGAGGCGUACUCUGUGGCUAGGCAGUUUAACCUGAUCCCUCCAGUGUGUGAGCAGGCCGAGUAUAAUUUCUUCCAGAGGGACAAGGUUGAGACACAGCUGCCUGAGCUCUAUCACAAGAUAGGUGUGGGUGUGGUAUCCUGGUCGCCUCUAGCUUGUGGAAUCAUCACUGGGAAGUAUGAGAAUGGAAUCCCAGAAUGCUCCAGGGCCUCCAUGAAGCCGUAUGCCUGGCUGAAGGAGAAGAUAGUGAGUGACGAUGGGAGGAAACAACAGGCCAAGCUGAAGGAGCUGACUACCAUCUCUGAGAAGCUGGGUUGCACUCUGCCACAACUAGCCAUCGCCUGGUGCCUGAGGAAUGAAGGAGUGAGCUCAGUGUUGCUGGGAACAUCCAGCCCCAUCCAGCUUGCAGAGAACCUGAGGGCCAUGGAGGUCAUUCCAAAGAUGACAGCAGGCAUUGUCACAGAGAUUGACCAAGUCUUGGGAAACCGACCGCACAGUAAGAAGGACUUUCAUCAAGCACAUUAGGAUAGACCAUUUUACAGAACUGUGAUUGAUAGGCCUAAUCUGGACAAGAUCUCAUCAGUGGCACCUCCAGUAUGUGCCCAACCCUGCUCUUGUGUAUGUGUGUGUGUUCUGCACAGCUCCUCCGCCUGCCUCGUCCGUAUGAAGAUCAGCCUGUACUCAAUGUCGUUAACUGAGAGCUCUACUUGACAAAGCAUGCAUGCCACAGCUCUGCUACAGUGCAGACAGUUUAAACUUGCCUAAACAAUCAUUGUUAUCAAGAUGUGCUCAUAAAAGAAAAUCACACCAUUUCUUGAAUGGGGUCCAUCUGUUUGUAAAAGUAAUCUUUCUCUUGAUUUGAGAGCAACUUCCUCUGUCUCUGUAACAUCAGAGGAUAGUAUAUAGUGCAUCUCAAACAAUAAUUCAUCCUCAGAGCUACCAAUGAGCUUUAAAAGCAUGUCUGUAAUACAUUUUUAGACAUGCAUGGAUCAGGGGAGGUUAAACAUAAUUCCAAGCCACUAAAUAUCCCUUUGAGUAUGGUCAAGUAUGGUAAUUCAUCUCUGGAUGGUGUAUCAUAUCACCCAGACACUGCAAAGAUCUGGCCACCCUUCCUAAAUGUGCUGUGGCUGAGAAUGGAAACUGCUCAGGGAUAUCGCUAUGAGGCUAAAGACGUACAUGGAUUAACAACAUCCCAUUCACUCCAUAUUACUGGCAUGUAUGACAAAGUAAAAAGAAGGAAGCCUGUGCUAAACAAUCCAUUCCAAAUCAUCCAUCCAGUUUGCAACAAGGCCAUUAAGUAAUACUGCAAUACAUCAUGGCAAAGAAAUGCACUUUUUGGACUAAAUAAGGAAACAGGAAACGUUUGGGGCAAAUCCAACGCAACACAUCACAGAGUGAAAACCUCUGGAUUUCCAAGUAUUGUAGUGGCAGUAUCAUGUUAUGGGUAUGCAUGUCACCGGCAAUAUCUGGGGAGUUUGUCCAGAUCAAAAUAAAUAUAAAUGGAGCAAAGCAAAUCUAACAUUUUACAGGAAAACAUGCCUCAUUCCUCUGAAGACCUAACACUAGGAUAUAAUUGUAUUUUUCAGAGGGAAAUUUAUAUGACUUUUAAAGCCAAAAACACUCCAGAAUGGCUUUCGAAUAGAUGUGUUCCUUAGUGGUCUAGUCUCAGUCCUGACUUGGCCUAAAUCUGCUUUAAAAUCAGAGACAAGAUUUGAAUCUUCCUAUACAUCAAUAAUUCCCAACCAAACUGACUGAGCUUGAGCAAUUUUGACAAACACAAUGUAUAUAUGUUGCCCUAAAACUUGUACAAAGUUGGUGGAAUCUUAUUCAAAAUGAGUCAUAGAAGUAACUGCUGCCAAUAGUGCAUCCACCAAGAGCUAUGCAAUCAAGAUAUCUUUACUUCUUAUUUUUGAAUCCGUUUAGACAUUUUCUAUGCAUCUCCUUUCACUUUGAAAAUGUGUGUAGAUUGUCUAGAUCAGCAGGAAAACAAAAAUCCUAUUUAAUCCCAUUUCAGAUUUAAAUUCAAGGCAGCAAAAUCUGAAGACUGUACAAGCGGUGCGUAGGUUUUCACUAGGCACUGUACAUGACUUAAGUGACAACGCAUGCCAAUAUAUCCUCCAAACACCGGCUUCGAGGACAUUAUCACUAUCACUAUUAUCACAUAUUCCAGUAAUGAUUGACAUAUUUUCAUUAAAAAAAAUAUUUUGAAUAAUUUAUUAAUACUAUUUCAUCCUUCCACAAGAUAUA